UCGGCACCGGAUUACUUGCUAUUUAUAUGCAUCGUGGAAGGGCAUCUUCGAUAUCCCGUAUACCUUGUUAUAUUCAUUGAACGGCGCAUUGGAGCGGCAUCGUUUUCCGAAGCGCCGACAGUGUCCUUUUUUUGUGAAUUUUGUUCACCGCUCCAAGCAAGUUCGAUCCGACGAACGCCGCUGACUCCUGCGCGGACGUCGCUGUCUCGAAAAGAGUACCUCCGCCGUUGUACGGAAAAAAAUACGCAGUCAUGGGCGUGGAUGUCGAAGUGCUGAGUCCUGGAGAUGGUCAAACCUAUCCAAAGACUGGACAGACGGUGGUCGUACAUUAUACAGGUACCCUCGACAAUGGGAAGAAAUUUGAUUCUAGCAGGGACCGUGGUGUACCAUUUAAAUUCAGAAUCGGAAAGGGUGAAGUAAUUAAAGGAUGGGACCAAGGAGUCGCGCAAAUGUGCGUUGGACAACGGGCCAGACUAAUUUGUUCUCCAGAUUUUGCUUACGGUAGCCGAGGCCACCCUGGCGUUAUUCCACCAAAUGCCGUUCUCAUCUUCGAUGUGGAGUUGCUGAAGGUGGAGCCUUGAAAUACCUCUUAGAGUGUACCAAACUGACCAAACGCAUUUCAAUACAAAACAAGAAAAAAAAAAUUAAAGUAAUGCAUCAAAUCGUUUUAUGUUAAGUAGAUGUCACACAAAUGACACAAUCCUAAUGCUAAUGCCUUAAUUCAAUCGCUCAGACGUUAAAAACUGUAUUGCGAUCUUCGUGAAGUAAUAUAUGAAACAUUGUUUCGACCUCGCGCGCGAAAACAAUGUAAUAAUUUAUACAGUGUAUAAAUUACAGAUCAAUAAUACCUGAACAAUAUCGCAUAUAUAUAUAUAGGUGUUAGACUGUAAGGUCAUAUACUAAUACGUAGUUUUGACUACCUGCUCUCCAAGAGACGCUACUUAACUUGUGUACUUGAUUUAAAACCAACUAAUCGUGUUCCUAUGAUGAGCGGUUGAAUAAAGGGAAUUUUCUCAAGAUAUCUGCAAAACAACCUGUGUUCAUUCCAUUCACUAUGUAUUUGGUAAAAUUUUCGAAUAUUUUGUACAAAAACUCAAUGAUGUUAAAACAAUCACAUGAAUAAUGUAACAAUGUGUGUACAGGUCUUUACACAAUAAAAUACAAUAAAAUAUUGUUUUGCUCCGUCAAACGUA